UACUAAGAAAAUAAACAAGGUUGGAGGCGCCAUUUUCGGUAGCACUCAAAUCCUGUCGAAAUUCGCGAGGAAAAUACAACAAACGAAAUAUUUUUAUCUCGUAGACCUAUGCCAGGGUACACUUACAUUCGAUAUGUGGCAAAACAUCCGAGCUAAACUAUUUUCCCUGGCCGCUAGCCGUAUUUUAAAACGAGUAAGUAGCCACAAGUAUCCUUGACCGACGCCGUUGGACAAUUAGUCACGAUCGUUUGAUAAGGGAGCGAAGCAAACUAUUAUUACCCUCCCCACCAGGUGGAAAGCCUGCGAGGCUGUCACCGGCGCAUUUGAUACGGAUUUUAUAAGUUUUCGGAGGAAAGUAAGUAAUCUGUAAAUAUCGCUAAUGAAAUUUGUGUUCACGCAAAUGAGUGCUUUAUAACAAAAAUGAAUGUAUAUUCGCGUUAUUGAUCGUAUAUUGCCGCAAAUGAAUGUGGAUUUCCUGGUAAUGAACAGCAAAAGGUGUAAUACACUAUGAUGUCUUUGUUCUCUUUUGUUCUGGCUUGUCUAUUACACUUUAACAGCUACAUUUUGUUGCACGGGAUUUUGAAAACCACUCUAACAAGACGAAAUAACAAUCAGGACACAUGCUUUAAUCCGAACAAGUCAAACAUGUUAUUAGCCAGCGAUCUAGGACUUUGCAAGGUCAAACUAUGUAAACAAUCUAAAGAUCCCAUUUUGCUCAAGUCAUCCAGUGCACGUAUCUUCUAUGAUUUGCUGCAGUUGAAAUGCCGAAAUUCUGGGUCACUAAACGCGAAGAGCCGAAUAAAACAGCCUCAGUGUUUUCUGGCAGCUUGGAGCGUCAAUUCAGAGCGGAAAAUGCGAACGCACGCGAGGAAAUCCGACUUCAAAAGGAAAAAGUCAGCCUCGAGCACCAGAAAAGAGACAGAAUUAGAAAGAUAAGUGCUAGCGAGAAGCUGGUCGUUGAAAGACAUAUUCGGAGGAAUCUUGUGAGUCGGAGCCGCAGUGAAGACGGGCCUCGCUUCCCUUUAGUUUCGCCAACGCGCAAAAUAUCUGCAAAGUCGGAUUUAUCGCCGAUCAACGUCUUAGAUGUCGGCGAAUUACGACUUAGUUCAUCCGCACCAAACUCUCCUACAAUCCCUAGAAAGCAAGGUCCGGUAAAACUGCCAUCAAUCGAGGGAUCCCCGCAAGCCCGAGGGAGUCUACAGAAUCUGACAAAGUAUGAAGACUUUGAUGUGUUCUCAGACGAAUCUGGAGAUGGAUUCAUAACAAGCGUGCCACCACAUGGGUACAGAGCGACGCACAGUGCGCGGCCAGCCCAUAGGCCCGUGUGUCAUUCCAGAGACAAGACAAAAAGCGCGAGUGAUGAUUCAGCCGUGGGGCGAAGGCAUGGCGAUCACGCCAGGCGUUUGCGCUAUUCGGAUAUUACUGUUCCAAGUAUUGUUGUUGAGGGAGGGGAGAGUCGUGUUGUAGGGCUACGGAGGCGCAGUUUGAGCAGCAAUGACUUGUCACUGGCCGAACGCAUCCACUCGUUCCUAGGUAGCCUGGAGGCGGCGGGAGUGUGUGAUGAUAGUAAAGGUAAUGUUUUCGAAGAUACUGAUGCUGAUUGAAAGUGAAUAAAUUCAUGUAUUGUUAAGACUUUUAAAAGAGAUUUUUUUAAGUUUAAUUUAAACUUUUUCAUUUGUUUAGUUUACUCCAUCAAAAAAAUAUUUCCGUUCCAAAAUAAUCCGCAUAAUUGUUAGGAUAUGAAUCUGAGAUUGGUGAACAUUUCAGUUUGCAUUUUUGUAGCGUUUGUCGCUGCCCGACAACAAAACAGAGCAAAGUUGCCUCUAGUUUCUUGUUGUUUGACUAACCACGUAAAUAUGUUAAUUACUCACUAAGUUGUGAUUAGGACUAUUCGAGGAAUUAAAUUACAAUUGACAAUAAAAAUCAGUUCCCUAAAAA